AUGCCUUUGACGGGCGUGCUAGCCGGCAAGACUGCCAUCAUCACAGGAGGUACCACGGGCAUCGGCCGAGCAAUCUGUCUCGAGUAUCUGCGCCAGGGCGCCACAGUUGCGGUCAAUCACCUCGGCCUCGAGAAAGAUCAGGUGCAUCUGGACACCCUCGUUGACGAGGCGGCGGCCCUAUGCAAGGAUAAUUCUGGCGCUUGCAAGCUAGUACACCAAGCUGGCGAUGUGAGAGAGCCAGACACGGCGGCCAAGCUCGUCGCACUGGCUGUCGAAGCCUCGCCGUCACAGAGACUGGACAUUUGCGUGUCCAACGCCGGCAUCUGCACAUUUGCCGAGUUUCUCGACCUAUCGCCCGACUUGCUCACAGAUACGGUGCGUACGAACCUUGACGGCGCAUUCUACGUUGUGCAGGCGGCAGCGAGGCAGAUGGCCAGGAGCCAGAGUCCACCGGGUGGUAGCAUCAUUGGCAUAUCAUCCAUCUCAGCGCUGGUAGGCGGUGGACUGCAGACGCAUUACACACCGACCAAGGCGGGCGUCAACAGUUUGAUGCAGAGCACCGCGGUCGCGUUGGGCAAGUACGGCAUCCGGUGCAACGCGCUGCUGCCGGGCACCAUCAAGACGCAGCUCAACGACAAGGACCUUGAGGACGACGCCAAGAGGACCUACAUGGAGGGCAGGAUCCCGCUCGGCAGGACAGGUGUGCCAAAGGACAUGGCUGGUCCCGCCGUCUUUUUGGCAAGUGAAGAGCUGAGCGGCUAUGUGACGGGCGCUCAGCUGCUCGUCGACGGCGGCCUAUUUGUGAACCUGCAAUAG